UUCCCUAUAUUCAUCUCUUUAUGUCUCUUACACUUUCUUAAGCUCUGCACCACAACCUUCAUCAACUUGGAACUCAAAGUACGCGGUUUGUGUGAGAUCCAAAAGUUAAUGUUCCUUUAUUCACUCUCAAUUUUCCAUCACAAUCUAAUCUUCAAUUCCCCAAUUUCACGAUUCUUAUUCUGCAAAGCUCCACCCUUUGUUUUGUGCCUCUAUUUAUUCAUUUUCUUUACCUGCGAUAGUGAUUAACGCCGUAGCAGAUCCUCCAAGAUUAGUUUUUUCCGCUGAUUCUUAGUUCAACGCUUUGUGACAGUUCACACCCCAACGUGAUCUGUGGCCUUGUCCUUUUCAGCUACAUUUCGACACUCUCGCCAUUUUUUUUUUUGUUUUGGGGGUUUCUUGUUCCCUAUUUUUCUAUUCUAAUACAGUGGUAUUCUAGUACAUGUUCCUGUUUUUUUAAUCGUAGUCGCUCUGUUGACUGCUAAACUUUUAUGGGUCGGUUUUCUUUUUGAGCUCCGGUCAGGUUUGAAUUAAAAGUUUUCUCUUUUACUUCUUCGUUUUGAUUUGCUUUGUUUUGGUUUGCAUUUUGAACACCUCCUUUUGAUCUGGGGCGUUCUGGUGCUGGUGGGGUUGUGUCUUUUCUUUUUUCUGGGUUUUUGAAGUUGAAGUGCGAGUUUGGGUGAUCUGGAUUUGAGUUGAGGUGAGGGGUUUGUUGGAUGCUCCUAUUGGCGUAAAUCAUUCGAAGGGUUUUUAUGCUUGGUUGCAAAGAUGCUUCCUGAUCAGAGAAAAAAGUCAUCUGUGGAUGUGGACUUCUUUACUGAAUAUGGUGAAGGGAGCAGAUACAGAAUAGAGGAAGUAAUUGGUAAAGGAAGCUAUGGUGUUGUCUGCUCUGCAUAUGAUACACACACUGGAGAAAAGGUUGCAAUAAAGAAAAUCAAUGACAUAUUUGAACAUGUUUCUGAUGCCACUCGCAUUCUUCGCGAGAUUAAGCUUCUUAGACUUUUACGCCAUCCAGAUAUUGUAGAGAUCAAACAUAUUCUGUUACCUCCUUCUAGAAGGGAAUUCAAAGAUAUAUAUGUUGUCUUCGAACUCAUGGAAUCUGAUUUACAUCAGGUCAUCAAAGCUAAUGAUGAUCUGACACCAGAGCAUUACCAGUUUUUCCUGUAUCAGCUUCUUCGAGGCUUGAAGUAUAUACACACAGCAAAUGUCUUUCACCGUGAUCUAAAGCCAAAAAACAUUUUAGCAAAUGCUGACUGCAAACUGAAGAUAUGUGACUUUGGUCUUGCCAGAGUGGCUUUCAAUGAUACCCCCACUGCUAUUUUCUGGACAGAUUAUGUUGCAACAAGAUGGUACAGGGCUCCUGAGUUGUGUGGAUCCUUUUUUUCCAAGUAUACACCGGCUAUAGACAUAUGGAGCAUUGGCUGCAUUUUUGCAGAACUGUUGACUGGAAAACCUCUUUUCCCUGGGAAGAAUGUUGUCCACCAACUAGACCUUAUGACAGAUUUUCUUGGAACUCCAUCUCCUGAAGCCAUUGCUAGGGUACGAAAUGAGAAAGCUCGGAGAUAUUUGAGCAGCAUGCGUAAGAAGAAACCAGUUCCUUUCUCGCAUAAGUUUCCUAAUGCAGACCCCCUUGCUCUUCGUUUGUUAGAAAGAAUGUUGGCAUUUGAGCCUAAGGAUCGGCCAACUGCUGAAGAGGCUCUAGCGGAUCCAUAUUUUAAAGGUUUGGCCAAGGUUGAGAGAGAACCAUCUGCUCAGCCAGUUACCAAGAUGGAAUUUGAAUUUGAGAGACGGCGAAUAACAAAGGAAGAUGUACGAGAGCUUAUAUACCGAGAGAUUCUGGAGUACCAUCCGAAGAUGUUGAAGGAAUUUCUAGAGGGAGCAGAGCCUACAGGUUUCAUGUAUCCAAGUGCUGUGGAUCACUUCAAGAAGCAAUUUGCAUAUCUUGAGGAGCAUUAUGGCAAAGGGGGAACUGUUGCUCCACCUGAGAGGCAACAUGCAUCAUUACCCAGACCUUGUGUAUUGUAUUCAGACAACUCAAUGCAGAAUACCUCAGAGGUUGCAGAUGAUCUAUCCAAAUGUUGCAUCAAAGAAGUUGAGAAACAACCCGUAGAUAGGAGUAGUGCUAUCCCUAUGUCUAGGCUUCCUUUGCAAGCACCUCAAAAUAUUCAAGGUGUUGCUGCAAGACCCGGAAAGGUUGUUGGUUCGGUAAUGCGUUACAACAACUGUGGGGUAGCAGUGACGGCAGAGGCUGAACAACGAAGGGCAGUCAGGAAUCCAUCUGUUUCAGCUCAGUACGCUGCGUCAAGCUGUUCGUAUCCCAGGAGAAACCCAGGCUAUAAAAAUGAGAGGGCAGAGGAUGACGGGAUUGAAGGUUCAAAUGGGCUGCAGCCAAAGCCAUACAUGGCGAGAAAAGUGGCUGCUGCUCAAGGUGGAGCUGGUGGUCAGUGGUAUUGAUAUUGAAUUAUAUUGAAUCUAUGUGGCUAACAACAGCCUUGUGUUGUGCUUGUGCUUGUGCCAUGAAGCUCUCAUAUCUUAUCUGAGUUUCAUGCGCUGCACCUAAUCUUGAUCAUCUGAACUGAAAUUUCACAUUUGAAGUAUCAAACAAAGGGAGAGCUUAAGGGACUCAACUCCUAAUGUUGAAGUAUCUAGAGGAUGAUUUCUUAAUUCUCAAAAUUAGCAUCAUCAAUUUGAAGUUUGAAGGGUUCGCAUGGCCCAAUUGAUGACUUUCUUGCACUCUAAUAUGCUAAUAACAGAGAACAUGAAAGAUCUGAAAUGCCAUGCAUGAGCUUGAAGGCCAACCCGGUUGCUUCAUUCCAGAAUUGAAGUUGUUAGUGUUACCUUUACCCUAGUAUUACUUGGGUAACAUUACCAGGAUAAUGUAUUUUUAAUUUUAAUUUUAAAAAAACGAGUUAUAGCCAAACUGCCACAGUCAUAUUCUCUUGUCUCUUUCUAUGUGGCGCAACUUUGCUGUUAUUAACUUAAUUUGGUGUUAACAAAAGAAACGAAGUGUUGGUCCCAAAUGAAUGUUACUCUUUAA